CAAAAACUUUUUGUAUUUUAAAUAAUACAUACAAAGUUGUGCCCUCAAAAACAAUAGUAAUACAUACGAAGCUUAUCCAGAGAAUGAAACACGUGACAACACAAAAUAAAACGAAUAACCGCCUUUUUUUCACAUGUCAAUGUCAUCAGCCAAGUAUUCUACACUUCUUCUACCACUUGGAUUCCUGUAGGUGUAUGUGUAUCAACAGAGCGCAUACUUUUCCCUCUUUCCAUUUCGGAAGAGUGAAGGUAGACAAUAUAAUUUAUAAUUACUUACAAAUAAGAUGAUGUUUGCUUGCUUGCUCAAUAAAUAAUAAGAGAGGGAAUUUAUUCAAUUUGAGAAGUGUUUUAUAUGGGAGAGAAAAAAUUAGAUUAGAACUACAGAAAUGUUUCUGACAUAAGCAACAAUUCACACUGAUGUUAGUGAAUUAUGCAAGGCUCAGAAAGCACCACUGAGCAGAAGUUCAGCCCCUAAUUAUACUAUAGCAAGGUCAUUAUAGACUCUACAAUCUUGGUUUUACUAGUCACCAGUCAAAAGUCUGUUAUAUUUAUACAACAGUGUUAAUAAAUCAAGCUGCAAUCUUCCCCCUUCCUUCAAUUUGCUUUUCCAAUCAUUAAUUUAAAGGAAGCUAGACAUCUAAUACAGGUUCGUGCUUCUUCUGUCAACCAUGACAUAUCAAUGUCACUGUCAAUGUGAAUCCACUUACAAAAACUAGGCUUAAAUCCAAUAGGAGAAUCUCAUGCAGGACAGAAGGAAUUGUUAAUUGCAGGAUGAAGUCAAUAUAUAAUCAAGCAAAACAAAACACCAAAAGCCAAAAAGAAGAGAAUAAAACCCAUUACAAUACCAGCUUAAGAUGCUCAUAACACUUGAAAAGGAACAAAAGAAGAGGGGAGAAAAGUAAGGGGUGGCAUGCAAUAUACAAAUAAACAUCGAACCAUGAAGACAGGAAUAGAGACAAAGAAAGUGCAUAAAAUAUGGAAUGCAAAACAAAAUAAAAGAGAGACAAUUUUGCAUGGAUAUAAAUGGAGAGGCCACAUAAUCAAAACAAAUACUCUUCAGGUAAGUUUACCUAAACUGCCCCAAUUUAAUAAAUGUUCACCAUGGAAAUCAAUGGCAGAUGUUCAAUAUGCAUAAUCUGUGUGUUAAAUAGAAUACAUUAGAAUGACAAAUUUCUGUUUUACUACUCGAAUAUUGUUUUCUUCCAUUUCGUCCUUGCAAAAUAAAACUCCUUAUGGAGUAAACUAGAGUAUAAUAUGUAAUGUCCAUUCCUACAUUUCAAGUAAAAUAAAUUUUGGAAAAUUGUGGGGGAGGGAGUGGGCAAGAGAGUAGAUAAAAUAAAUAGCUAAACAUGAAAUGGCCAACAUUUUCCUCAUACCACGAAUUAAUAUUUGUUACUCUUUCUUCUUUAACCUGCCAAUUGGUGAUCAAAAGUUUGUGGUAUAGCUAUCAAACUCUUUAUAAUUUAUUCAUUAUGCUUUUAGAAAAAAAAUUAAAAAAUGCAAAAUCUGGCUCUUAAAUAAUUUAAUUAUAUUUUUCCUCAUAUAAACCUCAUUAAUAGGUAUAAGUUAAAAGUUUGCAAGUAAAGUAAAUAAACUCAAAUGCUGAUGAGUUGAGAGCAUGCUAGCAUUUCCUACAUUUAUUGUGGCCUUUUCCUGAUUUUGUUCCUUUUGUAUUAGGAAAAUUUUACACCUACUUCUUUUUAAGUCCCUGAAUGCAACAUGAACUCAUCCACAAGAAAGGACAGAGAAAGUAUCUGAAUUUGCAAGUUUUCUGCAACUAUGGAGAAGAACAACAGUAGAGUUUGCAAAAUCUGCAAUAAGUGCUUCUCCAGUGGAAAAUCCAUGGGAGGACACAUGAGAUCUCACUUGGCUAAAUUGCCAAUUCCUCCAAAGCCUGAAACCGAGAAUCAAUCACUAGACAACUCAGCAAAGUCAACCCACUGUUCAAUUCAAUCAGCUUCCUCACUGACUAGCCAUCCCCAAAGGAAAACAACUCAGAAUUUCAGAUCAUUGAAACACAACUUCUUAGCAUCCUUGGCAAACUCAAAUAGAGAAAACGAAUCUGGGUCUUACCCUAAAAACCCAACUCGCAAAAGAUCCAAAUGCCACCGCAAAUUUAUUGCAGCAACCAAGAUGAAAGCUGAACCAAAACAAGUGAAUUCAAGCUUUGAAUCUCUUCCUGUAGAAGAAGCUGCUAGGUCUCUACUAAUGCUUUCCAAGGAUAAAUGGCCAGAAAGCAAAGAGAUCAAGACACAAAAAACAAAGGAAACAAACAGGAUGGAAGCAAAAGACAGUAAAUAUGGUAGAGAUGACUCACUUGUUCAAACUCAAUCUCAAUUCAGGUUCAAGUGCAAGAGGUGUGGGAAAACAUUUCAAUCUUAUCAAGCUCUCGGUGGGCAUAUAGCAAACCAUUCGAAAAAUGAAAAACUGUGCCAAGAAGUUCACCAAUCUGGCGAUGAGAGAAGUGGCAACAAUAGUGAUAUUUUAGAUCAAAACGUGUUUGAGUGCCCAUACUGCUCCUAAGUAUUCAAUUCUGCUCAAGCACUCGGUGGACACAAGAAGGUACACUUCUCCAAUAGGACCAAUACAAUGGUUGCUAACGCUCAAACCACUACUAAUCAAUUUGGUGGCAAAUUGGUCGUAGAUCUCAAUUUUCCAGCUCCUAAUGAGGAUUAAGAGGUUAGCAAUAUCAGUUUUUCAAGAGUCUAGAUAAGGGAGGAGGUAAAACAUUACCGACUUAAUCUGUAAUUCAGUACACAGGUAUAUACUGUGUCUUUAGUUUAGAUUGUUAAGAAUUAUGUAUGCUUUAAAUUAUUUUUAACAAUUUGACUCUGGGCUUAUAAAUGUAACAGAGAACUUCAUUUUGAUAACCAUGUCAAUGUUCUUGCUGGUGGUUUCUAUCUCCUUUGUCUGUUAAUUCUUGCUGUUUAGCCUAACUAUUUCUCCUUAUCUCAAUAAAGACCAAAAUAUUGAAUGUCUUCUUUGUUUGGGCAUGUGGGGGAUGGUUCAACAUCCUCAGUUGUCACUUUGCAUAAUUGCAAGGUUAGUGAAAAAAGUAGAAGGCCUGGAAUGGCUGGAUUCUUUAGGGUACAUGACCAGUACAAGAAUGGGACUCCACAAGCUUAGACUUUGGCCUAAUGGAUUUGGAUAUUUUAUGAAAUGGUGUAAAACACACAUAAUAUAUAACUAACUCAUUAUACAACAAUCAUAAACAAAAUUUCUGUUAUUAUAUUUAUAUAUUAAUAGAAGUUUUAACACAAAUACAAGAGUAUAUUUUUCUUCCUUAUUGUGCUUAUGAUAUAUAUACAUGUUCAAAUAUCUUUAAAUCUAAAAGAAAACUUUGAAGUUUAAACUAUGAGUUGAACCAUAGGAAAGGUGUAGUACCAAGCUGCCAGGGGAUGCUUUGAUAAGUACUUUUUAUAUUCUUCAUGGCUUUCGACAGAGAGAAAAUUAGCCUUGAUGAAUUAAACCCUUUUUAAAAGAUUAUAGCUCCCGUGCUUUCUGAUAGUUUAUCUGAAUCCAUUGCUGGCAAAAAGGCUAGAUCUAAGUGAAACACCUCAGAAACCACAAAUAUGAUAAAAGAAGGACCACAUCUAUCACCAGAAGUUUAGACAUGCCGCUAUGCAUUCAAAGAUACAAAACAGGAAUUGGGCCUGUGCACAAGUGUGGCACCCCGUGGCGGAGAGAAAGGAGAAGCAGACAGAACUCCACAGAAGCUGUCUAAUUUGAAUAACAAAGGAGAAGCAAAACACAAGUGGUAGAGAAGGGCCAAAUGGUAUCAUAUGGGAAACUCAGUUCAUAUCUUUAAAGAUACAAAAACCAAGUUAUUGUAUAAAAGAUGCAAAACUCAUGGCCUCUCGGACAUAUUGCCUAAACUUAUGAAUACAGACAGUGGUUUUAUUCGUACUUUGUUUGCUUCCAAAUCUUUAAAACAUUUAUAAUUCAUAAACUAAAGUGCAAGUAAACAAGUUAUUGAAUACACUGAAACA